UUUUUAUUGUGUGUGAGUGUAUUAGUGUGUUUUGGUGCUCAAGCCUGUGCUCAUUUACUAUAGUAUUCGUGUAGGUCAAGGUGAAGCCGAAACAGCUGCCGAGAUGCACCGUUAGUUUGUUUUGUGCGCUCACUUUAAAUUCACACAAACAUGCAUAUGUAUUUUUGAAUGUGCAUGCAAGCGUAUGUAUGUGUGUGUGUGCGUGCUUGCAUAUUUGAAACCUUAAAAGUCAAUACAGAUGCAAUAUUCAUUCUUUCUGUCUCUCCUAUUGUUAUUACUAAUCCCAGCUAUUAAACGGUAAAACACACACGCACAUGUAAGUACAUACAUAAAUAUAUGUAUGUAUACAUAUGUAUGUAUGGGAGCUUGCAUUUAUCUUGUCGUUGAUAAGCAGCUAAAUCAACAAUAUACGCUUAAUUAUCUCAAGUAAUAAAAGCGCAAGCGAUUUGCGUGAAACAAAAUAGCAAAUACAAAGUUCAUUAACUAUAUUGUUUGCAACAGUUAGACAAAACGGCGUUUCUACAGCAACGUCGCCUCUUCAGCGGCGGCGGCGGCGGCGUCGGCGUCGGCUCCAUGAAACAACAGCCGCCGCCGUUACCGCAGACGCAGCCGCCAACGCUGACGCAGGCAACCAGCGCAGGAGCAACCGCUGAGAGCAGCAGCAGCAGCAAUAUGGUAGCCCAUGCCAUAUGCAGUCUAAACAGCAACAACAACAACAGCAGCAGCAGCAGCAGUGUGGAGACACCGAAAUGUCGUCCACCGUUAUAUCCGAAACCAAAGACGCCCUCGUUCGACAAGGAUCGUGACUAUAUUGGGUUUGCCACGCUGCCGGAGCAAGUGCAUCGGAAGUCGGUGAAGCGUGGCUUUGAGUUCACGCUGAUGGUGGUGGGUGAAUCGGGACUGGGCAAGUCGACGCUCAUCAAUAGCUUGUUUCUGGGCGAUCUCUACAAGAAUCGCCAGAUGCCCAAUGUGGAGGAGCGCAUCGAGAAGACGACGCGCGUCGAAAAGAAGACGAUGGACAUUGAGGAGCGUGGCGUGCGUCUGCGCUUAACUGUUGUGGACACGCCGGGCUUCGGUGAUGCCAUCAACUGUGAGGACAGCUGGCGUGUCUGCACUCAAUACAUUGAUGAGCAGUUUCGUCAAUACUUCACCGACGAGAGCGGACUGAAUCGACGCAAUAUACAGGACAAUCGAGUGCAUUGCUGCUUGUACUUUGUGCCGCCUUGGGGACACAGUCUGCGUCAGAUGGACUUGGAUUUGAUUCGACGCUUGCACCGCAAGGUGAACAUUGUGCUGGUUAUUGGCAAGGCGGAUUGUUUGAACAAAACGGAGGUGCGCAAACUGAAGGAGCGCAUUCUGCAGGAUCUGGAGGACAAUCAUAUACAGCUGUAUCAGUUUCCCGAAUGCGAUUCCGACGAGGACGACGACUUCAAGCAGCAGGAUCGCGAACUCAAAGCCUCCAUACCCUUUGCGGUUGUUGGCAGCAAUACCAUACUCGAGGUGGCCGGCAAGAAGGUGCGUGGCCGUCAAUAUCCUUGGGGUGUUGUCAACGUUGAGGAUGCCGAGCACAGUGAUUUCAUUAAGUUGCGCACAUUCUUGAUAUCCACGCACAUGCAGGAUCUGAAGGACACCACGCAGGAUGUGCACUACGAGAACUUUCGGGCGCAGUGCAUCUCACAGAUUUCGCAGCAUGCGCUGCGUGAGCGCGGCAAGUUGAAGCGGGACUCGAUUAGCUCGACGAACGGAUUCGAUGCGGCCAUAUCGGAAACGGAUCGAUUGCUAUUGCAAAAGGAUGAGGAAAUUCGACGCAUGCAGGACAUGCUCACACAAAUGCAGGAGAAGCUCAAGCAGACGCAUCUUAUGGAAAUGAAGAAGAACGACAGCGUCAUCGAUGUCUGAAGCUGCUCUCGCUUUCUCUCUCUCUCUCUCUCUCUCUCUGUCUAUCUCUAUCUCUGUCUGUGGAGCGCUGUUCGCCUCUGUCGCGUGUUCAAUUUUCCAAACAUACAAAAUUUAGAGACACACACACACCAGUAACCAAAAACAUAAAAGUUCUUAUGUUCUUAAGCUAGCACAGUUAGCAGUUAAAUUCAAAUUUGUUAUUUGAACAAAGUAAAUUGAAAAUUUAACGUGUAAUCGAACAACGAGCGUUAGCGCGUUAGCAAUUUAGCGAAUAAUUCAAUAUACAAUACAUAAGUAUAAGCACAAUUCCGUUGUUGGAACUAUUUGAAAAAAUACCAAAGUCAACUUGAAGUUUUAAAAACGCAUUUCAUACAUUGCAAGGACAAGCUUAACUUUAAUUAAUACAGCCAACAAAAUACUAAAUGAAUAGAGGCAAACUGACAAUUCAAUUAAAACAAUAGUGUAAUUAAAUAUUUAUGCACAUUUAAUCUAUAUUUUGUAACUAUUUCCCUUUUUUUUCUAUAUAUAUAAACAUAUAACCAGCAGCUAGAGCACAAAUUGUUUGUGUAGUCCCAAUUUGUUGAAAGCAUUGUUAAUGAAUUUAUUUUAAAUUAUUAGUUAAACGAUCUUUAAAUCCGCAUAUUACUUAAAUUU